UGCAGUGCAUGAGCAUGUGUUCGCAGGAUCCAGGUUUAAACAAUCUCCUUAACUCACCGCCAAAAACUUCACCCAACUUCCCCGAAAACUGAACUAUAAGAAGACCUCUUCCCAUCCCAUAUUCCUCACAAAACCAACUCAAGCAUUACUAAUUCACUGCCUUUUCAAUCAACCUGCUUUCCCUGUCUUGUACUCUUCAGUACCACCAAAUGGCUUUUUACAACUCUAAAACCCUCCUUGCUCUCCUCCUCGUCUUCAGCAUCCUGCUUGCCACAACCGAUCAUACAAUUGCGGGCCGCAAAACCCCGAAACACUCAAAGAACGCAGACAAGAAACAGCCUCAGUUUCUGGUCGACACGGACGGCAGUUUCUUUGUUCCGGGCAUCGGCCGUUUCAUGUUCCCGAAAAAAGGACACGGGUUCAACCCGUUCACCUACAAUCCGGUCACCGGCACCAGCGGAGGAUCAGCCGGUGGCGGCGGCAGCAGCAGCGGAACUGGUGGCGGCGCAAGCCACAGCUACGUUCCCGGCGGCGACGAUACGCUCGUCCCUAACCCCGGUGUCGAGGUCCCCUCGGGCGGCGGCAGCCCUUCCGCACCAGCUAGUCCUUGAGUUUUCCAACCAUUUCUCUUGAUUCAAUGUCCAAGAAAUAAACAAGACGGAUGUGAUUUUUAUUUUUGAGUCCAAGUAUGUAAGUGUAAUGGAGUACUCUCCUUUAGUGUACUGUUUUGUGUUUGCAGAAUGUGUCAGUUUUUGACAUUGAAUAAAAUCCAAGAAGUUGGGAACAAA